GGUGGUGCCAGCCGCCGCCGCCUCCUCCUCCUCCUCCUCCUCCAGCUCCGGGUCCCCUCCACCCGGCAGCGAUCCAGUCCCUGUCCUUCAGCGUCUCCUUGCAGCCGCGGCCACCCACCCUUCCUCCGCACCCAUGUCUCUGCCCGUGGUGCUCCCGGGCUCCUGCUGCCCGGUAGCGGGACUCUCCGCGGGGACGCAGCCUGGCGGUCCUGGCGCCGCGGCUGCCGCUGCCGCCGCCGCGGCUGCCGCCGCCCAGGAGCCGCCGCUGGCCCCACUCCGGCCCCGCUGGUCGCGGACAGGGCUACAGCCCCCCGCGCGGCCUCGCUGCGUCGCUGCCUCAGCGACCUCGGGGCUCCCGCCGCCGCCGCCCCCGCUGUCUGCCCGCCGGGCCGCCGCGGCCGCGGCCGCUGCCGGAGUCCCUGGCUCCGGACUGCUGCCCGCCCGCCCGCUGCUGUCCCUGGGGCUCCUGCAGCUCAUCUUGGGCUGCUGCAUGGUGGCGCUCAGCUUCGGGGCGCUGUCUCUGAGUAGCUCUCCGCAGGUGAAGAACUCGUGCCCGUUUUGGGCUGGCUCCUCGGUGAUCCUCUCUGGAAUCAUAGGACUGACAACAUGGAAAAGACCGAUGAUACUUUUGGUGAACCUCUUUGUCUUACUGUCUGUGGUCUGCGUCCUGUUGAACCUUGCCGGAUUUAUCCUAGGCUGUCAGGGGGCCCAGUUUGUGUCCAGUGUACCCAGGUGUGAUCUGGUGGAUCUAGGAGAAGGCAAGAUUUGCUUCUGCUGUGAAGAAUUUCAACCUACCAAAUGUACAGACAAAGAAAACGUGUUGAAACUCUUUCCAGUCCAGCCAUGUAGUGCUGUUCACCUUCUAUUAAAGAAAGUCCUUUUUGCACUGUGUGCCCUGAAUGCCCUGACCACCACAGUUUGCUUAGUGGCAGCUGCCCUGCGUUACCUACAGAUAUUUGCCACCCGAAGACCCUGCAUAGACGAAUCCCAGAUUUCUACGGAAGAAAUAGAAGGACACGGACGGAUUCCAGACCCAGAAGAUUUCGUCCCACCUGUGCCACCUCCCUCAUAUUUUGCUACAUUUUAUUCCUGCACACCCCGUAUGAAUCGCAGGAUGGUUGGCUCUGAUGUUAUUCCACUUCCACACAUCUAUGGAGCUCGGAUUAAAGGAGUGGAAGUUUUCUGCCCUCUGGACCCACCCCCUCCUUAUGAAGCUGUAGUGAGCCAAAUCAAUCAGGAACAGGGAACAUCAUUCCAAAUUCCAGAGGCAUCCGAAGCUGUGGCAGGCCCAUUGGACCCAGUCAGUGCACAGGUGUCUCAAGGUGCAGACAUUCCUAACACACCUGGGGAAGAGAGCCCAUCCCUGUCAACUCCUGAAUCAAAUCUAGCACAUCUUCCCUCGAACAGGAGAGCCUUACAGCCUCUGCGAGCAAGAUCAAAAAGUGACCCUGUACUCCAUCACUUGACAGCCAGAGGAGGACCUGUGCUUAGCUGUGAAGCUGCGACUCAGACCGAAGUGAGACCUGAGCUGGCUCCGGUGACCUUGAGAAAGAGCCUUCGAGCAAGAGCUGUCCGAGCUAGACCUCGCUCUUUGGUAGAUUAUAAAUCUUACAUAGACACGAAGCUGCUGGUGGCAAAGUUCCUGGAGCAGUCGUCCUGUAGUAUGACUCCAGAUAUCCAUGAGCUAGUGGAGAACAUCAAAUCUGUCCUGAAGUCUGAUGAAGAACACAUGGAGGAAGCCAUCACAAGUGCCAGCUUCCUGGAACAGAUAAUGACUCCUGAUCAGCCAAGCACAUCGAGAGCACAAAUGUUGCCCUACAGAAGACGCCCUGGGCUCCUUCAUCUGGAGAGCUGUGGAGAUCUGAGCACUUUCGCCUCAGCAGAAAGUCGGAAAGUGGAGAGGAGGGUCCCAAGAAGGGACCCAGAAAGGCCGCACAGCCUUAUUGGUGUUGUAAGGGAAACUGUGCUCUGAGCUAGCCCUUUGAGGUCCCUUGUGGUCAGAGCUCCUUCCGGAAGCCAAUGAACUGGGAGAGAAAAUGACGGCAGGAAAGCCCUGUCUCAUUGUGCAGUGGGUGUCUCUGUGUACGCUCUUUUGUUGUUUAAGGCUGACCUAGGAGGAAGGCUUUUGUUCUAGUAGUCUUGGCUGUACCAUGUUGGGAUCUAUAACCACAGGGAAUGUUUAUUUCUCAACUACCGGCUUCACCAACAAGGACACUCAGGGGGCAGUGAGUUUAUCAUUCCAGACCUAUUGACUCUUUGGAUGCAGCGUUAUAAUUUGGGAGUUCAGCUCAUCUCCCCAUCCCUAGGCAUCCCAUAUGGUAUUUGAGUGUUCCAAGCCUUGGUGGGGAUGGGAUGUGGGGGUGGCGAUGCCUCAGCCGCCCCUGUGUCUGUCCUGUGGAAGGACAUAAUCUGUUUGGAGUCUAUUUAUAGCUGCCUGUGGCCUCUCACUGCUCAGUGAGAAUGCGAGUUGGCAUAUAAGCAGGAUGAUCAAAUAGCCCUGCUGUUAUUGAAAUGUUAAAGCUUAACUUUAGGGCACCUCUCGAAGGACUUUCUUUAGGGAAAACAGGAAGCACUUGGGACAAUCGGCAAAAUUUUAGCAAAGUAUUUUGGAGGAGCAAUUAUUGGUUCCAUUUAUUCAAGCUUGCAAAAGACUAGAGGCAGUAACUCCAGAAUCAAAAAUAAAGUCAUUCACUUUUCACAUCUGGUGUGGGUGUGUUGGAUCUGUUCCUUGUUCACGGCACUGGCCUUAUGCUCUGUGGAGGUACAAAACUGGUACCUGAAUGAGGUCUUAGAAGUCGGGAAAAGUUGAAGUCUUUGUAGGGUUGACUGUCUUCUGCUUCCUGGACAUCAUGGAAUGACAUAGGAUAGAGACAGGGACUGGAGGGUGAUAUAGUCGAUAGAGAGCUUGUUUUGGAGCCAGGAAGACUUUGCCUUUAAAUUCCUCCCCUGACACCUACUGGCUGUGUGACCCUGGGCAAGUCACUUAACCUCUCAUUGCUCAAGGCAACUCUCUGAGAAUAUCAAUUGCAGAGGAAGUACUGCAUUAGCGCAGGUCACUGCAUUGGUAGGAGUUCCUUCUGCCAUUGAAACCACAGAAUGAUGUAGGCAUCAUAGAAUAUUAGAACUUGAAGAGGCCAGCGCUAGAUCAUCUAGUCCAAGAGGCCUUAAUUUUUUGUGUGUAUAAUGGACCCUUUGGGAAGUGUGAUGAAGCUUAUGGAUUCCUUCCCAGAGUAAUAUAUUUAAAUGCAUAAAAUAUGUUACAAAGGGAGGUGUAUUAUAAUAAAAUGCACAAUUAUAUUGUGAAAGUUAUCAAUUUUUUUUAAGUUCAAGGACCCCAAGUGAAAAAAACUGUAUCUAGUCCAAACCCAUCAUUUUACUGAUGAAGAUACUGAGGCACAGGGAGACUGUGACUUGCCUAAAGUCACACAGCCACUUAACGAUGGGACUCAAACCUGGUUGGCUCCUCCCAAUCCCCAUAGUUCUUCUUCUUCUUCUUUUUUUUUUUUUUUGCAGGGCAAUAGGGGUUAAGUGACUUGCCCCGGGUCACACAAUAUAGUUCUUCUUAUUAUAACAUGCCAUUCCUUUGCCUCUUUGUAUAUGUCAUCUAAGCAGUAAUGGAGUAUUUUUUUUUCAUGGGAAACUUCUCUCCUACAGUCUGGAUUUAUGUUUUCAAAAAGUCAGGUUGAGAGAAAAGUUGGAACUUAAAAUUUUUUUUAAAUGAAUGUUAAAAACUGUCUUUAUAUGAAAUGGGGGGAAAGAAAAUAUUAUUAAUGACCUUGUAUUUC